CCACCCCUGGGAUACGGUGAUCAAGGCUGCCAUGAGGAAGUACCCCAACCCCAUGAACCCCUGCGUGGUGGGCGUCGACGUGCUGGCCAGGGGCCUGGACGAGCGGGGCAGGCUGCACAGCCACCGCCUCCUCAGCACCGAGUGGGGCCUGCCCGCCAUCGUCAGGGCGAUUUUAGGAACAAGUAGAACUCUGACUUACAUUGAGGAACAUUCUGUGGUAGAUCCAGUGGAAAAAAAGAUGGAGCUGUGCUCAACUAAUAUUACUCUUACAAACUUGGUGUCUGUUGAUGAGAGACUGGUUUACACACCUCAUCCUGAUAACCCUGAAAAAACCGUGCUCACUCAAGAAGCAAUUAUUACUGUUAAAGGCAUUAGUUUGAGCAGUUACCUGGAAAGCCUAAUGGCAAACACAAUAUCUUCUAAUGCCAGAAAGGGUCGGGACGCCCUGGAGUGGGUGAUUAGCAAACUAAACACAGAACUGGAGGAGCUGAAGUCAGCACGUGAGGGUGUGAAACCAGCCAUGGCAGCAGCCUCAACAGAAAACUAA